AUGAAACCCGACUGCGUGUCGUAUGAAUAUGAAGUGUUGCCAGAAGCCGGUGGGGGCCUGCUGGAAGCACGCACCGACGAGAAUCCCCGCCACCGGGAGAGGAGCGGGCAGAAGACGAAGACCGGUGGUGGUGGAGCCCCGACGACAAUUCGAGCGUGUAUGCUUUUGUGGAGCGGGGCGAGAAGGGCGGUGGGGCUGGGAGAAGAAGCCGCCCGACUCUGCAAUUGCGACCCCAGCACGCACGAUGAAGCGUGGGAUUCGGCGUGGAUUCUGAAGAGAGAAGCGGGGAGUGUUGGUGGUUGCGUAAUGCGGGCGCAAAGUGCUCUGGCUACAACGACUCCAGCUUCCGCUGAAGUCCAAGCACGACAUCAGAGACGGAAACAAAGAGAGGCGUCUGAAGCCGGCACGGCUUCAGACACCCAUAUUAACAGAGCGCAAAGAGAAGGAUGGCUUCUUGUCACACGAAGAAGCCCCCCAAAUCCCCUCUCAUUUUGUAUGCACAGAAGCCGCGUUGUCAUUGGAAUGCACACCGAAACCCCAAUGAAUAAUAAGGCUGUGGAAGGGCUAUGA